AAACAUUUUCUUUUGGCUUUUAUUUAGCAUCCUUUGUGGCAUCAUUUGCUUGUUCAUUACAAGGAAAAGGCCUGUCUCGUGGAUGGUGCUUUGAACAAUCUGCGCGUAUCCAUGAUCCAAUUCAGCCGUCCUCGAAAAUCUUAUCGCAAGGAUGACAAGUUCCGUCAGGGUCUGGCUCACCAGAUUGAUGCCCGCGAGGCCUUUGCCAAGGCUCCGAUAGCCAGCGACAAUCGUCGUGGUAACCGUGCCUUUGGUCAAGAUUUCAUGCAAACUCACGAUCCUGUUGGUUAUAUUCCAUCCGAACUCGGCUCGCUCCCGUCGUCACAGUUCAGUAUUCCAUUUAUCCCAUCUGCUAGCGGCCCAUUCACACAAGACCUUUCACAGUCCAGCGUGUUUAAUCGCAAGAACGUCAAGCAGCACGGCAACGAGAUCAGUAACUCAUCACGCUAUGUACCAGGUUCUUCGACGUUUGCAGGCCACGCAUUGGGUUGGUCUUCUGCUGGCACUGGAGUAGGUGGUUCGUCGGCGUCGCAAAACUUUUACAGUAGCCAAACUUCGAUCGGGUUGGCCCUUUCUCAAAGCGAUCGUCUUCGCAUGAUGACGGAACUAGCAAGCCAGGGCGGCACCACAAGCAACAACAGCAACAAUAGCAACAACAAUCAUCAUCAUCUCAUGAGCCAGGAUACAGUUGGAUACCACUAUGACGACUACAAAUCGCAAGACAUAUCAACGAUGCUGAGUCAAGAUUUCGAUUUGCGCAGCCAAGCCAGCCAGGCAUAUACUCAGUAUUAAAGAGAAUGAAAGAAAGAGAGCAGAAAAUACGACUCUCUUCUUCUCUUUUCUAGCGUUACGGUUCGAAGGAUUGGUUUUGAUGGGCUUGAGCAAAGUUUACUCUCCACUUUUUUCUCCACCCCAAGUAUACAUAAUACCUUGGACACCAAUAUGCGUUGUUGUAAAAUAGUUAAAACGAA